CGCCCCGCCUUAGCUCCCGCGCUAGAGAGAAACAUGUAUCGUUUCCGAUCACAGCUCUUCACGGGGAUUUCUGCUGCCGCCACCGCCCAUUUUUACCCCCGCCGCUUCUCGCCUCUGUUGUUAGCCGAAGACUCGCCUCUCAGCCGCCCGCCUCACAGACGUACGAGUAGAAAGUGCAGCUCCAUCGGCUGAUCCUCGCUAAACUCCGAGUUUAGACGGCACCGGGCGUCCCACGAUGCCGAAGAAUAAGAAGCGGAACACUCCCCACCGCGGUGGCAGUGGCGGCGGCGGCUCAGGGGCAGCUGCAGCAACGGCAGGUGGCCAGCAUCGAAAUGUUCAACCUUUUAGUGAUGAGGAUGCAUCAAUUGAAACAAUGAGCCAUUGCAGUGGUUACAGUGAUCCUUCCAGUUUUGCUGAAGAUGGGCCAGAAGUCCUUGAUGAGGAAGGAACUCAGGAAGACUUAGAGUACAAGUUAAAGGGAUUAAUUGACCUGACCCUGGAUAAGAGUGUGAAGACAAGGCAGGCAGCUCUUGAAGGUAUUAAAAAUGUACUGGCUUCAAAAAUGUUUUAUGAAUUUAUUCUGGAAAGAAGAAUGACUUUAACUGAUAGCAUUGAACGCUGUCUAAAAAAAGGGAAGAACGACGAGCAGCGGGCAGCUGCAGCGCUUGCUUCUGUUCUUUGUAUUCAGUUAGGCCCUGGAAUUGAAAGUGAAGAGAUUUUAAAAACUCUUGGACCAGUCCUAAAGAAAAUAAUUUGUGAUGGGACAGCUAGUAUCCAGGCUAGGCAAGCUUGUGCAACUUCCUUUGGUGUUUGCAGUUUUAUUGCCACAGAUGAUAUUACUGAGCUGUAUUCAACUCUGGAAUGUUUGGAAAAUAUCUUCACCAAGUCCUAUCUCAAGGAGAAAGACAGUAAUGUUAUUUGCAGCACCCCAAACACAGUGCUUCAUAUCAGCUCACUUCUCGCAUGGACAUUAUUACUGACUAUAUGCCCAAUCAGUGAAGUAAAGAAAAAGCUGGAGAUGCAUUUCCAUAAACUUCCAAGCCUCCUUUCUUGUGAUGAUGUAAACAUGAGAAUAGCUGCUGGCGAAUCUUUGGCACUUCUUUUUGAAUUGGCCAGAGGAAUGGAGAGUGACUUUUUUUAUGAAGACAUGGAGUCUUUGACACAGAUGCUUAGAGCUUUGGCUACAGAUGGAAAUAAACACCGGGCCAAAGUGGACAAGAGAAAGCAGCGGUCUGUUUUCAGAGAUGUCCUGAGGGCAGUAGAGGAACGGGAUUUUCCAACAGAAACUGUUAAAUUUGGUCCUGAACGCAUGUAUAUUGAUAGCUGGGUCAAGAAACACACCUAUGACACCUUUAAGGAGGUUCUUGGAUCAGGAAUGCAAUACCACUUGCAGUCAAAUGAAUUCCUUCGCAAUGUAUUUGAACUUGGACCCCCAGUGCUGCUUGAUGCUGCAACACUUAAAACAAUGAAGAUUUCUCGUUUUGAAAGGCAUUUAUAUAAUUCUGCAGCUUUCAAAGCUCGAACAAAAGCACGAAGCAAAUGUCGAGAUAAGAGAACAGAUGUUGGAGAAUUCUUCUAGAUUUCUAGCACUUGCCAAAUAUU